GUUCUACGAACGUAGAACAAGAACACGUGUACCUGUUCAACGCGAUAGCUGCAGAUUAGAUAACUUGCAUUUGAGUAACUAAUAAGGUUGUAUGCGUAAUUUUUCAUUAAAAAUGACCGAAAAUGACAAUUUGAGAAAUGUAAUAAAACUUGAAAUUCAAUCUCUGUUAUGCACCGAGAAAGCAGCUAUAUCGUCAAAACGGCUAUACGGACUCUACAAUUCCGAAAUUGGGAAUCCUAUACCCUAUGCUCAACUGGGCUAUAAAUGUUUGGAUGACCUUUUGAAGAGCAUGCCUGAUGUAGUAUCUUCAUAUACCAAUGCUAUGGAUGGCCUGCUCUAUGUGAAAGCUGUACCACUAGAAAGUUCAUCCCACAUCAAUGAACUUGUUCGUGGACAAAGAACAAGUAAACCAAAGAAAAGAAAAGGCAGUGGCUAUUCAUUGAGUAGCAAAAUCAGAGGAUUCAGGGUUUCCUCUCAGGUUGCCCCUAAUCGCAACUUCAAUAAAAAUUACAACAGCUUAAAGCCUCAUGAAAGAUAUGACAGCAGCAAAACAGGAAAUUUGAUUAGGCCACCUUCAUAUGCGGUUCCUGAUAAUUAUUCCAAUUUGGCUGCUCAGAUUACGCAAUUAAAUCAACAACCCAGUUUUCUUGGGACACAAACAUCUAACUGUCAGUUUGAGAAACCAAACUUUUCCAACAACAAUCAUAGAGGCUUCGUUCAAUCAGUGCCUCUUGUUGGUUGCAAAAACAAUGACAACAUGAACAACAAUAUAAAUCAAAUCCCCUUGAAGCAACAGAACUUUGUGGAAAGCAAACCUGUGCCAUUAAGUUUGAUAUUGAAUCCCAUCUCAGUAAAGAAGCUCGGAGGUGUGCAUAAUCGGACGCACAUGACUCCUCAGGUGAUGCAACCUCGGACACCAAUCCUUCAAACUCAGGUGAUGCAACCUCAGACACCAGUCCCUCAAACUCCUCAGUUGAUGCAACCUCGUACUCCAGUCGCUCAAACUCCUCAGUUGAUGCAACCUCGUACUCCAGUCCCUCAAACUCCUCAAGUGAUGCAACCUCGGACACCAAUCCAUCAAACUCUUCAGGUGAUGCAACCUAGAACACCAGUUAUCCCAACGGCUCAAGUGAUGCAACCCCGGAAACCAGUUCCUCAAACCGAACCCAACAUAACUGAGUCACACACCGUAUCAACAGUUCAGACUGAAGUUAUCUUGCCGAAUUUUCCUGUUCGACCAUCUACUAUCGCUCCUGUUGAAAAGUCGCUUUCCAAUUUGAACAUUUCUUCAAAAUCGGACCAACCCAAUUCUUUGAGACAAAAUUUGGCCCUGCAAAAGCAGCCUCAGUCAUCACCUAAUCAAUCCAAGCAAUUUCCCCCGCCAAUUAAAAAUAGAAACACAUAUUCAGAUAGCUUCCUGGAGAAACAGGUUGAACCUAAAUCUGCCCAGGAAAGUGUCAAAUCUCUGCCUCAGCCGCCAGUCGCAGUGCAACGUUCUGUCCUUCAGCGGACAUGCAUCCUGAUUGAAAGAGAUCCAAAACGUGUCCAGGUAAAUAUCCAGCCUGUGACCCAGCAGUUGAACUCCCCAGGCGCCAACCAGCCAUCAGCCUUUCAUAGUGCAUACAACCCUGCGGAAAAAGAGCCACUUCAGUUGCCGAAACCAAUGGAAGUUCAGCAAAUGAAACCAGCAACCCCAACACCUUGCUCAAAGUUACCCGACAUGGCUCAACAAGCGCCUUCUACUGGUCAGAAGAUUAUUCCAGCAGCCAGGGCACCUCGCGUCUUGUUAAAGAAUGCCAUUCCAAUCGCCAGUCCGAGUCUUUCAUCUCGCCAAUGUCGGCUUGAUAACACUUUGGACUCUAUUCCAGCGGCUUCAUCCUCCACUCCGACUUCGCCUCUAUCUCCAACGCGUCUCUUAUCCCAACGCAUGCCUUAUCGAUCCAGCGAGUUGCAGUCCAUUCAACGAACAGUUGUGAACGUUCCUCCAAGACCAUCCGUACGACCAGCUGCAACAUCGGACAGAUUGGCCGAGUUUUACUGUGAACGUCUCAAGACUCUCGUGACGACGUACAAUCUGGGCAAGGUGACUUUGAAUCACAAUCAAUUGAAAACGGGCCGAUUUAUUGCAUCGAUUAAAGUGGGCCAAAACAUGUUCAUUACUUACCCGCAAGAUUUCGAAAAUGUGACUGACGCUUAUGAAGAAGCCGCUAGACAGGCUGUCAUUCAUUUCGAAACCACACCCGUCUGGAUGCAGCCGGUCCCUAUUGAAUGAAAAACACAAGAUUGGAAAAAAAAGAAACACCUCGUGCUGGAUGGACAUGUACAGGAUAUUUUGGGUCAGGAUGCAAUUUCUUACGUUUGUCUUCUCAUCCCCAAUGUGUGAUAUCUUUCUGCAGGACAUUCAACGGACACAGUCACACGACAGUUAUAAUAAUAUAGAAACAAGAGAGGCGUAGAACAUCAAAUCCAACAAAG